GGCGAUGCGCUUCGCGGGCAACCAGAGCCAGGAGGGCAGCGCGGAGCCUCCGUGGCCGUCCAACGCGAACGGCAGCUUGGGGGACCGUUUCGGGCGCAACGAGGAGCUGGCCCGGCUGGAGGUGGCGGUGCUGGCGCUGACCUUCGCGCUGGCCGUGCUGGGCAACGCGCUGGUGCUGCUGGCGCUGGGCCGGACCCCGCGGCGGAAGGCCUCGCGCAUGCACCGCUUCAUCCGGCACCUGAGCCUAGCCGACCUGGCGGUGGCCUUCUUCCAGGUGCUGCCGCAGCUCUGCUGGGAGGUGACGCACCGCUUCCACGGGCCCGACGGGCUGUGCCGCGUGGUCAAGCACCUGCAGGUCUUCGGCAUGUUCGCCUCGGCCUACCUGCUGGUGGUGAUGACGGCGGACCGGUACAUCGCCGUCUGCCACCCGCUGAAGACCCUGCAGAGCCCCAGCCGGCGGUCCCGCUGGAUGAUCGCGGGCGCCUGGGCGCUCAGCUUCGUGCUCUCCACCCCGCAGUACUUCAUCUUCUCGCUCAGCGAGGUGGAGCGCGGCUCGGAGGUCUACGACUGCUGGGCCCACUUCGUGAUGCCCUGGGGGCCCCGCGCCUACGUCACCUGGGUCACCGGCAGCAUCUUCGUGGCGCCCGUCCUCGUCCUGGCCACCUGCUACGGAUUCAUCUGCUUCCGCAUCUGGAGCAACGCCCGGCAGAAGGGCAAGAAGGGCAAGAGCCAGGGCCCGCUGCCCGGCCAGCCCGCCCUCCGCAAAGGCCUGCGACUCGCCCCAUGCGUCGGAAGCGUCAAGAACUUCUCCCGCGCCAAGAUCCGCACUGUCAAGAUGACCUUCGUCAUCGUCUCGGCUUACAUCGUCUGCUGGGCGCCCUUCUUCACCGUCCAGAUGCGCUCCGUCUGGGAGGACCACGCCUCCUGGGUUGAGUCGGAGGACAUUUUAAUCACAGUCACUGCCCUUUUGGCCUCAUUGAAUAGCUGUUGCAAUCCAUGGAUCUACAUGUUCUUCAGUGGCCACCUUCUGCAGGACUUCGUACAAAGCCUUUUGUGCUGCCGAAAAAUGAAGCAAAGGCUGAAUAAAGAAGAUUCUGAGAGUUACAGCCGGAAACAGACGUCUUAUACCAAUAACAGAAGUCCAACAAACAGUUUGGACACAUGGAGUGAAUCCCAACAUUUCUCACAAUCAAUUAAGUUCAUGCCUAUUUCUUCAUAAAAAAUAAUAAUUUUACAAACUGUUCAGCACUUCAGCACUUUAACAAUCAGUUUUCAUGUGGUCAAAGAACUAACAAGAUGAUAGCAAAACAAAAACCGAUUUUAAUAAAUAUGGUGGUUUUGCAUUGAUGUAAAUGAAACUUGUGGAUUUUUCUGUAAAAAUAUAUGGCUAUGUAUUCAAGAAAACUGAGAAAAUAGAUCAAUACAUGUAAUAUUUUUCUAAAAGAAUAUCAGCUUUAAAUGUUUACUCUCACCAUUAAGUAUAUACCAUUAAGUAUAUGUGUAACACUAAAUGCGGUUCUUUCAUCACAAUAAAAAUAUUUGCCAAAUC